GUAAAUACUUCCGAGUGGGGCGGGCAGAAAAUGGGCGGCGGGAAGGAGGGCGACGGUUGUCCGCCUGAUUUACGUCCGGAGAGCGCGGUUCCCUCGGCGCUCGGCGGGGAGCCGCCUUUGAAAGGAGUACCAACCCACGGGCGCGUUCCCCGCUGUCGGCGGCACAAUGAUUAAGACGGAGAAGGUGCUGCACCUGAGGAGCUGCAAGGGGAAGUCCGUGCGCGUUGUGAGGGAGCACUACCUGCGGGAGUCGGUGCCGUGCCACAGCUGCCUGUGCCCGGCCCGCUGCCUCAACGAAGGGAAAUUGCUCUCAGAAAGUGCAACACAUUAUGUGAUACCUGACUGGAAAGUGGUGCAAGAUUAUCUGGAGAUACUUGAGUUUCCGGAAUUGAAAGGCAUUAUCUUCAUGCAGACAGCUUGUCAGGCUGUCCAGCACCAGAAGGGACGCAGACAGUAUAACAAGCUGCGGAACCUGCUGAAGGAUGCUCGUCAUGAAUGUGUUAUGUUCUUCAAUGAAUUUCAGUUGUACUCGUAUGUCCCAAGAGAACAAGGUGAAUCUCUAGAAAAGUGGCAGACCAGGUGCAUUUAUUAUGCCACAGUCUGGUAUUAUAAUCACCUUGCAGGAUCAAUGCCAGUUGUUAUGGUUACCGAAGAUGCAGAAGCCAUUCAGAAGUAUGGGAGUGAAACAGAUGGAGUGUUUGUUGUAUCAUUUAAGAGCUACUUGGAGAAUUUUUGGCCUGGCCUGGAAGCGGUGCACCAGCUGUAUGAGUCUAUUGUUCAAUCUCGGAAAGAAAGAGAGAAUGAAAAUCAGGAAAAGAAUGGAAAGGAAUAUUCAGAGCAUCUGCCAUUGGAAAUACUGGAGGCUGGCAUUAAAUCUGGGAGAUAUAUUCAGGGUGUUUUAAAUGUCAACAAGCACAGGUCUCAGAUGGAAGCCUUUGUUCGUAUUCAGGGAUUGCCUAAUAAAAGAUCAGAACUAGAAACAGACAUACUUAUCUGUGGCACGAAGGCUCGAAAUCGUGCUGUCCAGGGAGAUGUGGUGGCGGUUGAGUUACUGCCAAGGAAUGAAUGGAAGGGGAGAGUUUCAAUACUGUGUGAGAAUGAAUCUGAGGAGAAAGCCACUGAAGAAACUGAAAGUGAGCCAAUGACUACAGGUAAGGUUGUUGGCAUUAUUCAGCGCAAUUGGCGAGAUUAUGUAGCAUCCUUUCCCCCUAAAGAAGACAUACAAUCUCAGGGUAAAAAUGUUCGGAAGAUCCUAGUUACGCCUUGGGAUUACAGAAUUCCUAAAAUAAGGAUUAGCACUCAACAAGCUGAAUCCCUACAAAAUUUCCGAAUUAUCGUACGUAUUGAUUCCUGGGAUUCCACAUCUCUUUAUCCCAAUGGGCAUUUUGUGAAGGUUCUCGGAAGAGCUGGUGAUUUAGAGACAGAAAUUGCAGCCAUUCUUGUAGAAAACGGCAUUUCAGUUGGCCCUUUCUCUGAAGCCCAGCUGCGUGAAAUGCCAGUGAACUCUCCUGAGAAUCCCUGGAAGGUUGAUGCAGAGGAGCAUGCCAGGCGAGUGGAUUUAAGAAACACUCACUUAGUCUUCAGCAUCGACCCCAAGGGCUGUGAAGAUGUGGAUGAUGCGCUGUCUGUUCGCAGAUUAGCAAAUGAAAACUUGGAGCUGGGCGUUCAUAUUGCAGAUGUCACGCACUUCGUGAAAUUAAAUUCACAUACAGAUCUGGAGGCUAGAUCAAGGGCAACAACUUGUUACCUAGCAGACCGACGCUAUGACAUGUUACCUGCCAUCCUAAGUGCUGAACUAUGUUCUUUGCUUGGGGGUGCUGACAGGUAUGCAGUCAGUGUGUUAUGGGAAUUAGACAAAAGUAAUUAUGAAGUCCUUAAAGUGUGGUUUGGACGAAGCAUAAUUAGAUCUACUUACAAGAUGUUCUAUGAAGCAGCUCAGGCCUUGUUGGAUGGAGAUCUCAGUGUUGUGGAUGAUAUCCCUGAGCUCAAAGGGCUCGAGGAGAAAGUAAAAUGUAGGAAAUUGAAUGACUUGAUAUGGGCCAUAGAGAAGCUGACUGAAAUAGCACGUCACACCCGGGCAAAGCGUUCCCUCGAAGGUGGCCUGGAGCUUGAGGGAAUUGAAUUACGAGUACAGUUAGAUGAGCAGAAGAACAUCAGCGACCUGGUGCCAAAGCAGCCCCUGGAGGUGCACGAGACUGUAGCAGAAUGCAUGAUUCUGGCAAAUCACUGGGUAGCAAAGAAAAUUACUGAGAACUUCCCUCACCAAGCCUUGCUACGUCGCCAUCCUCCACCACGACAGGAGUCGUUCGCUGCACUGGUUGAGUGUGCAAAGGCAAAGGGAUUCAAAAUAGAUACACGCUCCAACAAGGCUCUGGCAGAUUCACUGGACAUGGCUGAAGAUCUAGAUGACCCUCUGGUGAAUAAACUCUUGCGAUCUAUGGCCACACAGGCAAUGUCCAAUGCUCUUUAUUUUUCCACUGGCUCCUGUUCAGAGGAUCUCUUUUAUCAUUAUGGCCUUGCUUUGGACAAAUAUACUCAUUUCACUUCGCCAAUCAGAAGAUAUGCAGACCUAGUGGUGCAUAGACUGUUGAUGGCAGCUUUAAUGAAAGGUAAGAAAUUGGAACCUGAAGAUCCAUUGCUCAGCCAGAAGUAUUUGGAAGAAUUGUGUCACCAUAUCAACAACAAAAAUAGGGCUGCUCAGCGUGUGCAGAAACAAUCUGUAGAGUUAUUUCAGUGCAUGUACUUUAAGGAUAAAGAUCCCAUUUCUGAUGAACGUUGCAUAGCAGAUGGUAUCAUAUACUCAAUACGAACAAAUGGUGUACUGGUAUUUGUACCAAAGUACGGGAUAAAAGCACCAGCAUUCCUGAAGAAUAAGGAGGGACUUGUGAUCACAGCACAGCCUGAUGGAUCAUGUGAAUGGAAACCUGGCUCCCUCAGACGCCUUAAAGACAAAUUCUCCACUACAGCUGAUGGCAGAUCCAUUACCUUCUCUCUCUUUGAACACAUCACAGUAAGAAUCUCUGCACUUUCAUCCCGGUCACAUCCCGACAGCAUCAAACUGGACAUUAUCAGCAACCGACCUCGUAAUCCCUCUGGUGCAGAAACCACACAUGAAACUUCUCACACUUCAAAGACAGACUUGGUUCAGGAUGUCAUCAGAUCUGCUGAAGAGGCUCAACUUGCCCAAGAGCAUGCAAAAAGUAUUUUGAUCAAAGAUGAAGAUAGGAAAUAUUGUCAAACCCAGGGGAACAGCCUCUACUCCUUGUGAGAAAUCAAGGAAAUGGCUCUUCUAGAUGUUACCUUGGGAUAAGUGCCCUAAUUGAGACUUACAGUCCAUUUUACAUUUCUUAAUUAAAACCACUAAUAGGGACAGAUUUUCUAAAAUGAUAACACAGAAACAUAAGUCUGGUUUUUAAAACAUAUUUGAUGGCAUGUUUACAUUGGAAGUAAUCAGAAGUAAGUGGCAGGUCCCAGCUACUUCAGCCACCCAAUAGGAAUGUAGUUUGAUGUGGUAUCUGGAAUACAAAACUUGUGGAAAGUUUCCAAUGCAAAAAAAAUGUAGAGAUUUCUUGUUGUGAAUGAGAUGUAUAUAUUCUGAGUUUUAUUCAAUGCACUUGGCACAAAAAUUUUACCAUUGAUUUGUAAUCACCCUACUAGGGUUAGAAAAAAAUUAAACUAAUAUAGUAAAUAUCUGUUUUGUCUUUAGUGCUUACAGCCAGUUUGGAGGAUUCUUUUAAAAAAAGACGUAUACACACCACACAUUUCAAAUUCCAAUCAUGCUCUUUAGGAUCUCCUGCUAAAGCACAUUUUAAGUUUUCUGCAAGGUAAGACCUAUUCAAGAAAUCUUCUAACAGAAAGAAGGUCUUUCUGGAAUGUCACUGCAGGGAUUUUUCACCCUCUCCUAAACCCACCAAGAAACAAAACUUGGUUUGUGGUUCAGUGAGACUUCUUGAUAUUACUGGUAAAACUGUGGUAAGAACACAGCCAGGAUUAGAUUCCCUUCACAAUAUAGUGACAUGGUAUUGUUACAAGUGUAAAAGUUCAGAAUCUCUUGUGUAAUACUAUAUGAUCAAAACAAACCUUGCAUUAAAUUCUUCACAUAACUUAAUAUAAGGUCAUAUAACCAUUCUACUUGCAAAAGUUUCAGUUGACAUCAACAGCAAGUCUGGAGUCUUUUAACAUGUUUAAUCAUAAUCUGUGGGUUUCCAGCUGCUGAUCAGGAAACAUCUGUAUCCAUGUUCAGUUUCUUCACUUCUGGUGCUGUUUCAGGAAUGAGUAUGGAACAAUCAGUGCCCCUCUGUGGUUUCAGAAUUGUCUGUUGGUUCAUAAGAGUCAAUUAUUUUGUUUAUCUCUUCCAAGUCUUUUGGAGUUUCCACAGCGAGACUGACAUCUGUUGGAACUUGAAAUUCACUAAGUGGCUCAGAAGGUGCCGUUUUGGUUACCUCUUUUGGAGUUUUAUUUUUUACAUUUUCAUCUUCAAGCAUAUCAGAAUCAA